AUGUUUAAUAAUUUAAUUCAAUCAAGUUAUAUUCGAAAUAAUAUUUUUCAAUUCGUCAAAGAGAUUCAUAGUGAAUCUUAUAAAAGAUGUUUCAGCUGGCAACAACUUAUCAAUAACCCACAACAACUCAUUCUACACAACUAUAAUGAACAAUUCUAUCAGUUUAUUAAAGAUUUCAUUAGUAAUAAUGGAACAACUAGUGAAAGAAACUAUCAAAAGAUGCUUGAGUAUAUGGAUAGUUCAUUUCUGUCGGCUAUCAAAUGUAAUAAUAUCGAUAUCAUUCGUUACCUAUGCGAUCAUCAUCGUAAGUUUGUGUUGAACGAUAUGUUUGUAUGUUCGCUAAGUCUAUCGAUUAAAUACAACCGUUUGGAAAUCGUACGAUUGCUACACAGCUAUAUCGUUGAACCUAUCAAUCUGCCAGUGAUGGUAGUAGCAGCGGAGAACGGACAUUUGGAGAUGCUCAAAUACCUAAAUUCCUAUCCGUCGGUGUUUCCAUGUAGCUAUGAAGCUAUCGAUAAAGCAGCGACCAACGGGCAUUUCGAGGUUAUUCGUUAUCUCCGCGAAAACCGAACCGAAGGUUAUCUGCAUGCGGUCGACGGUGCUUCGAUAAAUGGACACUACGAGAUUAUCAAGUAUCUCGAGAGUGAAUACGGUCCGCUAACGUUCUCUGACGAUGCCGUUAAUCUAGCGGUGAUGAACGGUCAUUUAGCGAUUGCCAAACACUUGCAUGCGAUCAAGCCAGCACCACGCAUAACAAUUGAACAUUCAAUCAAGAAGGGUCAACAAGAUGUAUUGGAAUGGUAUCUAAGUAUUCAUCCAAACAUUAGCAACUAUAAUUUACAUGCUGUUCUAUCGCUCUCUAUUAAAUAUGGACAUAUGCACUUGGUACGAUUCCUGAUAGAGAAAUACGAUAACAUUCUUUUACCUUCGCAUUUUGGCGAUGCAUGUAUAUGUGGUCACAUCGAAGUAGUGAAGUAUAUCGAAAGCAAAACAACAGUCGAACGACUUGGUAAAGAUAUAAUCGCCAUGAUUGCAUUUAGAGGUCACCUAGAAAUCAUCAAGCAUUUACAUCAAACCGAUAAGAGCGUAUGGUCCAUCAGAGUUCUCAAUCAAGCCAAGAAGAGGAACAACUAUGAAAUAGUUCAAUUCCUUAUUGAAAAUCGUCCAGAGUUUUCAACACAAUAA